UAGGUUAUUUUGCUUUUUUAUUCUCCUUUGCACUAUUGACUUAAGUGCAUCAAUUUUUAUGAUCUUUUAAUGACAUCACCGUUUAUUUUGUAGUGUUGUUUUAAGCAGAUAAUUUGCGGAAUGGAUGGGGAAGGUGUGACAGUUUUUAAAAAUCUGAGUGAAAACUUCUGUUUGCCGUUUAAACUGAGCUGGUUGUUUGCUGAAAGAAGAAUGGGCCUCCAGUGGGAGCCCUGCAUGUGUCUGUGCGUGCUUCAGUGUGGGAGGGGGGCUUGCAGCUACCAUCCUUUUAAAACACGUUGCUCUGUUUGGACAUCAUUAAACUCCUGAGCAGCAAAGGACAGGAGCUCAAAAACAUCAACCCAAGUAAAUCAGUGAAAGAAACCGAAAGAUGGAGCUCUGGUCUGACAAUCAGGGUCCAUAUCACUUGUACUCCAGAUUUGGAACUAUUCCUGGAAGAAGAACUUCACAAAAUUUUGACUCAGUCCAUUCUCCACUGAACUACAAAGAUCAGCAGGAUCACAGCAGAGAGUCCAGUUACUGGACCAUGCCGGCAUCCAGACCUGCAGGAGCUCUACACGAGUACACGAACUGGAAAAACCCAGAACUGACGCCUUCUUCCCACUUUCCUUUCAUCAAUGACCGCCGUGCGGACCACAACCAUCUGCGCCCAGAGGAGUAUCACCCCUGGGAAGCUCAGGGGAGAGAGUGGCCAACAUCCCACAGAGCUGCGAGGGACUACCAGAGAGGAUUUUUGAGUGAAGGGUGGCAGAGACGGUGGGAGCACGGCAGCCCUACCUGCUACAACAGGGAGGUUUCUGCCAAGAGACGAGACAACAGCUACAGAGAGCUGGAGGCUUGGGCCGCUCGGUAUAGCCACUCAUUGCCAAGGAAGAGACAAAUGGAGGAGUUGCGUGGGGCUUCCAAGGGGACUGUGGGGAGCUCCAGGAGUCUGGAAAGAGAUGGCAGAGGCAGUCCAGAACCUCCAGUACAACAACAUGCAUCUGGGUUGUGGGAUAGACAGGGUAGACUGACAACCAAAUACAAUCCAUAUCAAUCUUCUGGGUCUCACACAACCCACACCCUGGACAUCAAAGAACAUGUCUGCUUGCAAAGACAGAUGUUCAGCCAACCUCCUGGAUACAUUGCUCCUCCUCCUUACAAUAAUCCCCAGAAAAGUUCCGCUUUAGUUUACCAAAGGGCUACAAGCUGGGAGCAGGGUGAUAAGAGUCUUGCUUUCUGGAUACAGCCUGCUUUAAAAACGCAGGAUGUCUCUGUAAAUUUGGAAAAUAAGAAGAAAAGAGACAAAGAGGAAGUCACAAAACCUGAAGCAGGUGAAACUUUCACAGAGCCGAGAGAGUUGAAGCAACGAAAACAGAAAGGAGACAGUUCCACUGAUGCCAAACAAACAAACACACAGACUGAGCACACGUUGCCCCAACAAGCAGCUCACGGCCCAAAAAUAUGCCAGGAGUUACCCUCAAAGGUCAUCGAAGGAAGAAAAUUCAGGUUAAACAGAAAGACUGGUAGGAUGACCAUAUUCUGCCUGGUGUCUCGAAUGGCCGAUUCCACUGAAACCACAUCUUUGCCACUCUCCUUCUCCCUCAAAAACAAGCAGAGCACAGAAAAAGAAAGUGUUCCUGAAAGCUCGAGCGUCAUACCUGAGGUAGACCAAGCGCCUAAGAUGUCAGAUGAGGUGGACUUUAGAGCACCAACGCCAGAUGCCGCACAGAUGGAGAUGUUAACCUCGGCUGAAAAGGACACUGCCUCCUUUGAAACAUCAGAAGCUGAUGCUGAGUCUACAUCUGAAAACCACGAGGGUCGCACAGCUCAGCCGGUGGGCGUCAAGUAUCCUCUGUGGAGGGAACCCAGCUUCACUAACAGGACUGAGGCUGAGGGUUCAACCCUGAGAGCAGACAAAUCGGAUUUACAGCAGCAGGAUGCUGCAAAAGUAAGUGAUGAGGAAGCAGAUGAAGAACAGAAUCCCAAUGACACUGAUGACAGCAAGGGUCUGCUGGUCAUUGACACCAGCUGUGUUGUUGUUAAGGUUCAAAUGAUUCCUUCACUGAAAAAGGAGCACGUUCACUAUUUGGACGCAGCAGGAAACCCCCAAACAAGUCAGUCUGAUGCUCAAGCUACUGCUGAAGAUGUGGCAACAGACCACCAAUCAAGUCAUCUUUGUAAAGAUGAUCCUAUCUCUGUCCUCAUGAAAGAGGAGGAGCACAAGGACGAAAGUCAAAUGUCUUUCUCUUGCAUGAAGCCCGCUGCUUCUCCUGAAAGAGAAAUCUUGGAUGAGAACGCUGAAAACAUUAUCCAGUCUCCUCUACCCGUCUGCAUCACCAGGCAGCCACAGGAAGAUGGUUCAAAUGUGGAGGACCCGCAAAAAAGAGCGGCACCUUCUCUGUCCGAGCAACCCUCUGAGGAGACAACAGCUGAGCACUUUUCAGAAGAGCCAAGAGCUGAGCAGCCUCAAGAGAAAAGAAUGGCUGAGCAAUUUGAAGAAGACGUAAUGGAUGGACAACCUGCGGAGGAAACAAUGGCUGAGGAACCUGCCAACGAUCCAACACCUGAAAAACCUUCAGAGAAAAUCCAACCUCAAACUGCAGAAGAUGAACAUUUUCCAGAGGACCCAGCAGAUGGAGUAGAGUUAGAAGAGGACAUAGAGGAAGGACGAUCGCUGAAAUCCCAGGAUGUUAUCCCACACAGAGUGACAGAGGAAGGACCUGAGGAUCUGGUUGGAUGUCAUGAGUGUGUGGCAGAUGUGUCUGAAGAGAUUGAAUCUCAUCUUGAAACAGACAAUAGAUCUUUAGCUGAGCCUGAAAUGUCUGAAGAUCUUCAGCUAGAGACCACCAAUGAACAACGUGCAAAUGAACAGACACAGACUGAAACAGAAUCUUCUCAACUAUCUGACCUUCAUCAGUUUUCUUCAUCUUCAGUGACUCGUUCCGUCUGGGAAAGUUCUGUUUCUGAGUUGACCCAAAACCCUCAUCCUGUAACGCCUCCACCUGCUCCAACAGGUAACUUUUCCACAAGCUCUACCUUGCAGGAAGACCAUCGUCCAAGCCCUUCCCCUUCCCUUGAUGUAACAGGUACUGCAGGGUUGAGCUCUGGGGAUGAAGACGGAGUUGAGAAAAUAUCAAAUCUACCUGAAAAGGAGGUGAACAGGGAGUGUUUGGCAGCGGACACAUCAGAGGAAGAAGCUUUCCAGCAUCAAGCUGAACCUCAGACAUCACUCGGUGCUGCUGGUGUCACGGAUAAAACUGACCGAUUUGAAACGUCUAAUACAGAUGCUGACGUUCUGCUGCAACCCUCUGAGUGUGACGCAACAGAAAGUGAUGCUUCUGUCAAGCCAAGCAGUUUGAGCACGGAAAAACACACUGAGGAUCCAGCAGAGCAGAUAUGCAAAACUGAUGAAGAAAAGGAAAGAGGUGAACAAAUAGGAGUCAACCUUUUGCAGGAACAGUUUGACUUUUGCCAGGAAGAAGAUGUUCAUGUCAAAGAGAGGGAUCUGACUAAAGAGCAGUCCUGUCAGCCUGUUGAAAACCUUUGGUUACAGAAACCUGAGGCGGAUGUUUUAAAAGAUGGCUCCUCAACCCUUUUGAAUGACUUCCCAUCCAAUGAGCUUCCAUCCUCACCACAUGGACCAUGUGAAUCGGAAGCUGAGGUCAUUUCCCCGCUGGAGGAGGACUCGUUCCAUUUUUCUCAUCCAAGUCACAAAGGUGCUCAUUCUGAGUCCUGGGAAGAAGACUUUCAGCUCUCAUCUUCUUCCCUCUCCUGUUCACCCCAUCUUCUGCCUCCCAGCUCAGCUCCACCCCAAGAUGGAACAAUGUCUCCCGGAUCCCCCCCAUCUCCUGCUGAUGAAAGAGAGCCUGAGUUCCCAGAGUCACUUUGGGAUGUGGUGAACCGCAUCAGGAAGCACACUGCACCCGACUCUGAAAACGAGGAGGAGGACGCCAGCGAGUCGUGGGAUCUGGAGAACGCAGGUGACAACGUGGGUUCUGAGAUUUUCAGUGCUCAACAGGAGGUUUCACACGGCGAGGGCGGGAACGUGGAUGAAGAAAACAAACAAUCUGAGGAAAAUGUAAAUGAUAGCGCGCUGUCCUCCUGCAGCGCCAGCAGCAAAGUCUCUGACGACACCGUGACGGUGGCAGAGGAAGAGAAAGGAGCCGAAGAACAAUGAGGAUGGAUGCCACUGUUGGAGACAGAUGUUGCCGUGGUUACACUAGAGAAACUUUGGAGGAGAAAAAUGAAGCACAAGUCUGGUCACAAGUCCAAAUGGGUGGGUGGAGAUAAUCAGAGAGGAGAUAAUAGAGACAGUUCAGGUUUAACAAACCUGGUUAAGUGUGAUCAACUAAGAAAUCUCUCAAUUUGGUAAUAACUGGAAUUUAUCAACUGUAAACUCUUUUAAAAAAAACAUUUCAGGAGUUAGAAGAUUCUGAAUUUGUGUUGACUCAAAUGUGAAAAUUAAGGGUUUUUGUAGGACUUUGCAGUAAAUUGGCUGUAACUUUAGUUUUUCUUCAUAUUUGAUGUAUUUACAACUGUUACAUGCAGUUAUACUAUUUAACAUGUAUUCAAAUAUUUAACUACUGUGGAUUUAUAGUUUGAGGAUUUUGUUAGAAGAAAUAAAUAGAAAUAAAUUAAGUAAAAAUUUUCAUUUCACAUAAAUAAACACCA